GAAAACAUGAUGGAUAUUUAUUUUAAUCUUCUAUUUUUGAUCGUGCUAUUAUUGCCACCUCAAAGUCACGCAUACUGUAGGAAUAAUACCUAUAUACUAAAUGUGAUAUUGUUGAAUGAUACAACGACAGAAUGGAAUCUAGAUUAUAUCACACCAGCAGUGGAUCUUGGACUGAAAAUAGUCAAAAAGGAACUCGAAAAUGAAGGUAUAAAUAUCACACUCAAUGCGACUUAUCACAUUUUUACGACAGACCUUUACUCAACGUCAGGUUGUGUUUCAAGCGGCUGCGAAGGAGUUGAAAAGCUGAAGUAUCUUCAUAAAAAUUUUCUGCUGGGCUGUGCAAUCCUGGGCCCCUCUUGUACUUAUGCCACCUACCAGAUGCUUUCGCUGAGGAGCACGUUUGUCCCACUGAUUUCAGCUGGUAGUUUUGGUUUAUCUUGUGACUUCAAACAAUACCUCACCCGCAUUUUACUCCCGGCCAGAAAACUGAUGUAUUUCUUUUACGAGUUCUGGAGAUUUAAGUCGCCCUCGAUCAAACCAGACAAGUGGCAGUCUGUCUACAUCUACAAAAAGGAUAACAAUAGUGAAUCCUGCUACUGGUACAUUAAUGCAUUAGAUUCCCCAGUUUCUUACUUCAACUCGGCUCUGAAUUUCAAAGAGAUACUACGAACAGAGGAGGACAUAAGAAAAUACUUAAAAGAACAGAAUCGAAAGAGUAACGUUUUCAUUAUGUGUGGGUCAGCCAAUGAUUUACAGAUUCUGCAGAAAAACGUGAAAAUUCCAUCGGACAUGGUCAUCAUUCUAAUUGAUAUUUUUAACCCAGGUCUUUAUGACAAUACUGCUGCUUAUCCGGGCAUGGAAAAUGUAAUGGUAUUAACAGUACCUACAUCAAACUUCAGCAAGGUAUCUAACAACUCUCAAACAAUCCAACUGCUAGAAGAUGACUAUGCAGCAGGAUAUCUUGAUGGGGUCAUUCUCUUUGGACAUAUUCUCAAGAGACUUUUUAAUUCUUCAACACCGAUGCAACAUAUCUCAUUCAUUAAUAAGUUUCGUAGUGUUUCUAUACCAGGGGCUUCGGGUCAGAUUAUAUUGGACAAUGUCGGUGAUCGAGAUCUAAAUCUUACUCUAUACUACGUCUCAGAAUCAACUAAAAACUAUACAAAGCUUCUCGCCUUUGACACCAGCACCAAUGCUACCACAGUGAUAGACCGUCAUCCUUCAUUUACCUGGAAAAAUAACAAACUUCCCAGUGAUGUUCCUGGAAAUGGUCCACACAUUCUGACUAUUGCUAUCUUCACACUCACAAUAGCUGUGUUACUUGUGCUCAUCGUUGCACUUCUUGUAUUCCGGAAGUAUCGUAAAGAAAAUGAACUUCAGCAGAAGAGGUGGAGCCAUAUCCCUGCAGAAAAAAUUCUUCCUCUAGAGAAUAACGAGAAUUGUCUUGUCAGCUUAAAGAUUGAUGAUGACAAAAGACGUGAUCUCUGGCCAAGAUUACGGCGAGGAAAAUAUGAUAAGAAGAUCAUCAUUCUCAAAGAUCUAAAACAUGAUGGCAAUUUUACAGAGAAACAGAAGAUUGAACUCAACAAGCUCUUACAAAUAGAUUAUUACAACCUGACGAAGUUUUAUGGCACAGUGAAGGUGGACUCGAUGAUAUAUGCUGUGAUUGAGUACUGUGACAGAGGCUCACUUCGAGAUGUUCUCAAUGAUAAAAUCUCGUACCCUGAUGGAACCUUUAUGGAUUGGGAAUUUAAGAUCUCUGUGAUGUAUGAUAUAGCUAAAGGUAUGUCUUACCUACACUCCAGUAAAACAGAGGUUCAUGGACAUUUGAAAUCAACAAAUUGUGUAGUAGACAGUCGUAUGGUGGUUAAGAUCACUGACUUUGUUGGAAAUUCCAUUCUCAGCCCAAAGAAAGACCUAUGGAUGUCGCCCGAGCACCUUCGUCAGGAUGGUGUAUCCCAGAAAGGAGAUGUUUAUAGCUAUGGAAUUAUUGCCCAAGAAAUUAUUCUUAGGAAAGAGACAUUCUACACUGAAAAGUGCCAUGACCCCAAAGAAAAAAUAUUUAGAUUGCAGAAGUGCUUAGGAGAAUGUCCCUUUAGACCAGACCUGAACUUCAAUACAUUUGAAGAAUGUGAGAUAGAGGUCUAUGUUUUGGUAAAGAAUUGUUGGGAGGAAGAUCCUGAAAAGAGACCAGACUUUAAGAAAAUUGAGAACACACUUGCCAAAAUCUUUAGUAACUUCCAUAACCAGACAAAUGAAAGUUACAUGGACACCCUUAUACGCCGGUUGCAGUUAUACUCCAAGAACCUGGAACACCUUGUGGAAGAGCGCACGCAAUUAUAUAAAGCAGAAAGAGAUCGUGCUGACCGUCUAAAUUUCAUGCUGCUCCCUGGGCCAGUGGUGAAAUCACUUAAAGAAAGUGGCAGAGUUGAACCAGAAUACUUUGAAGAGGUUACAAUUUACUUCAGUGAUAUUGUGGGCUUUACUACCAUCUGCAAGUACAGUACACCAAUGGAAGUUGUGGAUAUGCUGAAUGAUGUCUACAAAAACUUUGAUAAUAUAUUGGACCAUCAUGAUGUGUACAAGGUUGAAACAAUUGGAGAUGCCUAUAUGGUGGUUAGUGGCUUGCCAAAUCGUAAUGGAAACAGACAUGCUGUGGAUAUAUCCAGGAUGGCUCUGGAUAUCCUAACUUUCAUGGGCUCUUUUGAACUUAAACACUUGCCAGGUUUACCUGUCUGGAUAAGAAUAGGAAUACAUUCAGGGCCAUGUGCCGCUGGUGUUGUUGGAAUUAAGAUGCCGAGAUAUUGUCUGUUUGGCGACACUGUGAAUACAGCAUCAAGGAUGGAAUCUACUGGCCUGCCAUUACGAAUUCAUGUAAGUAAAUCAACAGUAUCCAUUCUGAAACGGACUGAUUGUGGUUUCCAGUAUGAAGCAAGAGGGGAGACUUACCUUAAGGGUAAGGGCACUGAGACUACAUAUUGGUUGACCGGCGAGAUGGAACAAAAAUACAACAUACCUACACCUCCAUCAGCGGAGAACCAGCAGCGUCUUCAGUCUGACUUUGCUGAGAUGAUCAAGGAAUCACUGAAAAGAAGAGAAGCUGAGGGAUUUAAAGACAGGCAGUUGACACGCGUGGCAAGCUACCGAAGUGGAACCUUGGAAUAUCUUCAACUUGAGACCAGCAACCCAGCCAGCACUUUCCUUUAACAGUCAUGCUCUGUGACAGUCCACUUAGAAGAAGAGUGUCCUAACUAAUACAAUAUUUAACACUAUUACAGCUUUAUUGUAGUUUUGGCCAUACUCGCAGAUGGCACUGCAAGGUUAUCCAAAAUAACUGACAAGUAAAGUAAUAAUUAGUGCAUUACAACACUAUGCCUAAUCUUUUAAACAUGAGUUUCUUAACUGGUCCGAAGCUGGAAGCAUUUUUUUUGUGUGUGACACUAGAAGCACAAUUGCACAAAAUGUAUUGUAAAGUUUUUGUUUUUUUUUUAAAUGCUGCACUAAGUUAAUAUAUUUUGGUGUUUUCAGCAUAUUAAAAUUAAUUAUGUUGAUUAUAUUUAAAUGAGCACUAUAGGCACUUUUUGUGUAUAGAUCAUACCCCUGUAGUCUCACUGCUCAGUUCUCUGCCAUUUAGGAGUCAAAUCACUUUUGUUUCUGUUUAUGCAGCCCUAACCACACCUCCCCUGGCUGUGACUCACACAGCCACCAUUAAAAAAGGUAGUUUAAACACUAAUGUCUUUUUACAGGAAGUGUUUAGGAAAACUGUGUAAGUCACAUGCAGGGAGUUGGGACUAGGGCUGCAUAAACAAACUGAUUUAACUCCUAAA